AUGGCAACAGAAUCCAGCUCGGACCCGCGUGGUGAAAUUCGCACACCACGGGACCCAAACACCUUGUCCAAUUAUCACAAUUUUGUGACCAGACAUACGAGCGUGGAUUUUGACAUUGAUUUUGAGCGCAAGAGGCUGUUCGGUAGUGUAGUGCUUACGUUGGAGUGUUUGACGGAUGAGGAUGUGAAAGAGGUUGUACUAGAUGCGAGCUACCUGGAUAUCUCCGUCGUAGAGGUUGAAGGCAAGAGCGUCAAAUUCAACGUUGGCGACCGUGUAGAGCCAUAUGGUAGCCCACUCUCCAUCACUCUCCCGUCUAAGGUGCCAAAGGGCAAGACGGUUGAUAUUGAGAUCAAGGUUGCCACUACCGACAAAUGCACGGCACUGCAGUGGAUGACGCCCGCUCAAACAUCAAACAAGAAGCACCCGUACAUGUUCUCGCAAUGCCAGGCAAUUCACGCACGAUCAGUGUUUCCUUGCCAGGAUACUCCGGACGUCAAAUCGACCUUUAGCUUUGCACUUCGUUCACCACUGCCAGUCCUUGCUUCGGGUCUGCCAACGGGCGCGACCGACUAUCAGCCACCCAAGAAGGAUGGCGAGAGUGGCACUAUGAAGUAUACAUUUGAGCAGAAGGUUCCAAUGACUGUCUAUCUUUUUGCUGUUGCAAGUGGUGAUUUGGCAUCCGCCAGCAUCGGCCCGCGUAGCACUGUCUGGACUGGGCCUGAGGAGCUUCUCAAGUGCAAGGAUGAGCUUGACGGAGAAAUUGAGCCUUUCAUGAAGGCUCUCGAGUCCAUUGUUUCGCCUGCUUAUCAGUGGGGACAAUACAACGUACUCAUUUUGCCCCCGUCCUUCCCAUAUGGAGGUAUGGAAAACCCCGUCUGGACCUACGCCACACCUUCCAUCAUCUCGGGAGACAAACAGAAUGUUGAUGUCAUUGCCCAUGAGCUGUCGCAUUCUUGGUCCGGCAAUCUCGUUAGCGCAGCCAGCUGGGAGCACUUUUGGUUGAACGAAGGUUGGACUACGUACUUGGAACGCAGAAUCGCUGCUGCCCUUCACGGAGAAGCACACCGCCAUUUCUCUGCUAUCAUUGGCUGGAAAGCGCUUGAGCAAAGCAUUGAGAAUUAUGGCAAAGAUCAUCCCUACACCAAACUGGUCUUGGACCUCAAGGGCCAGGAUCCAGAUGAUGCAUUCUCCUCUAUUCCAUACGAAAAGGGGUUCCAUGCCCUGUACCAGUUUGAGCUGCUGCUCGGAAAGGACAAGUGGGAUUCGUUUAUCCCUCACUACUUUGACACAUUCAAGUUCAAGAGCGUAGACAGCUAUGACUUCAAGAGCUGCCUGAUAAACUUCUUCGAGAAGGAUGCUGAGUCCAAGGCAAAGUUGGAUAGCUUUGACUGGGACAAGCUGUUCUACGCGCCUGGCUACCCGGUCAAGCCAGACUUUGAUCAGACUAUGGUUAAGAGCUGCUACGAAUUGGCGGACAAGUGGGAGGCACUGGUCUCAUCUUCGAGCGACUUUAAGCCCCAGGCGUCAGAUAUCGAAGGUUGGGUAUCCAACCAAUCCGUCGUGUUCCUCGAGCGUCUCCAGUCCUUCGCAAGCAAAUUCUCCGCCGAGAACGUCCACUUGCUCGGUGCAACUUAUGGCUACAAGACAACUCAGAACAUCGAAGUGUCAUCACGAUAUUUGAGCAUUGGUCUCAUGGCCAAGGCAGAGGAAUCGUAUCAGCCAUCUGCUGAGCUGUUGGGUCAAAUUGGUCGCAUGAAGUUUGUGAGGCCCAUGUUCAGGCUGCUGAAUGAGGCCAAUCGCGAUCUAGCGGUCAAGACGUUCGAGGAGAACAAGGACUUUUACCAUCCAAUUUGUAGACAGAUGGUUGAGAAGGACUUGUUUGGCAAGGAGAAGUAA